CAAUUGUAGACGCCAUUUUUUGCGCUAUUUUUCAUCGCGAUUUGUUACGGGCUGCGUCGACUUGAUACACGCGACAUACACGUCGAAUUCGCCGCGAAUACCCGAGCUUUAAAUCGAUUACGUUUGCGGAAUGCGAUUGUCAAAUGAUGAUCGAACAGUUUCAUCGAUUGUGAUCUAGCGGUGCGUUUAGCAGGGCGGAUCUUUUGAAAGUGGUACACGUAGGCAACAGGUGUCCAACGUCAAAUGCCGCACGCGUUUGACAGUUGAUGACACGGCUAUUCGCGACGACGAGAAACGGAGUAUCGGGCACGAUAAUUUAUUCGCUCUGCUAGAAUAAAAUUGUUCAUUUCUCUUCGCGACAGCACCGGCAAGCAUCGGAUCAAGUUUCUUCUUUGGAGGAUUCACGAGAUUCUUACCGAGAUGAAUUAUGAUUAUUUGGUAAAGUUCCUGGCACUCGGAAACUCUGGUGUCGGGAAAACAAGCUUCCUUUAUCAAUAUACCGAUGGUACUUUCAACUCUCGAUUCGUCUCUACUGUUGGGAUUGAUUUCAAGGAAAAACGAGUGAUAUAUCAAACAGCGAAUGGCAGAAGUCAGCGAGUACAUUUACAGCUUUGGGACACAGCUGGCCAGGAACGGUUCAGAAGUCUAACCACAGCCUUUUACCGGGAUUCCAUGGGUUUUCUACUAAUUUUUGACCUGACCAAUGAGUUGUCGUUUCUUGAAGUUAGAAACUGGCUGGAGCAGCUUAGGACCCAUGCAUAUUGUGAUGAUCCAGACAUAAUUCUUUGUGGCAAUAAAUCCGAUCUUGAAGACAAACGCGUCAUCAGCGAGCAUAAAGCGCGAGAUCUUGCUGAAAGGCACGGCUUGGUUUAUCUGGAGACGAGUGCCGCGACCGGCCAGAAUGUCGAGCGCGCAGUGGAAAUAUUAUUAGACCGCGUAAUGCGCAGGAUGGAGGCUACAGUGGACAAGUCGUUAUUACCGCAUCAAAAAGUUUUAAGAUGCCACGAGCGCGAUACUCCACCGCCCAGUAGUUCCUGCUAUUGCUGACAGUGCCGGUAUAUGUAGUUAUCCAAACUACUAUGCCAAAAUCAAAGAAAAGAGCAUAUUAUGAAACUGGCACUUUACAUUUGCGGAACAAAUGUAAAUUUUAUCAUACACUUUUUCAGUUAACAUGUUCGUUGCGAGUCAUUUGAAAAUAAUUUUACAUUAAUUAUUUUUACAUAUGCUACAUUUUUACAAAACAAAAAUUUCAAUUGAUAUAAAUUUGGAAAAUUGUGAAAAUUGGUAAAGAAAUCGACCGAAUUGAGAAUUAAAUGAGUUAGAAAAAACUUAUUGACAAUAUUGUGUAAUUGAUAAUAUAUUGAUUGACAAUAAUAGAUAUCUCAGUAUUAUGUGAAUCUCAUUAUGAAUAAGCAAAUGUGCUAAUAAAAUAUAAUUCAUUAUU